AUGCAGACGCGUUUCGCCGCCACCUCCGCUUCCUUCGUCCUACUCUGCCUUAUGGCCGCUCUGCUCGGCCACCGGGCCGCUGCCGCUGCCGCUGCGGAGGCCGUCAAUGUCGGCGUCAUACUCGACCUGGCCUCUGUCCCCGGGAAGAGGUGGCGGACCAGCACUAGCAUGGCGGUGGAGGACUACUACGCCGCGCACGCCAACUCCACCACUAGGGUGGUGCUGCAUUUCCGGAACUCGUCCGGCGACGCCGUCGCCGCCGCUUCCGCCGCGGUGGACCUGAUCAAGAACACCAAGGCGCAGGCCAUCAUCGACGGGUCGCGGACGGCCGCCGAGGCCGAGUUCGUGGCGCGCAUCGGCGACCGCGCCCACGCCGCGCCCAUCGCGGCCAUCCUGGAGAACUUCCACUGGCGCGCGCCGGUCCUGCUGUACGAGGACUCGCGCUUCGGCGCCAGCAUCGUCCCGGCGGUCUCCGACGCGCUCCGGGGCGCCGGCGCCACCGUGGCGCACCGCGCGGCGGUGCCGGCCGACGCGUCUGACGACCGCCUCGACGCGGUGCUGUACCGCGCCUCGGCGAUGACGGCGCGCGUCUUCGUCGUGCACAUGUCCUUUCCCCUCGCGCUGCGGCUGUUUCACAGGGGCAAGAACGCCGGCAUGAUGUCCGAGGGCUACGUCUGGAUCUCCACGGCCACCGUGGGCGACACCAGCGACGGCGACGCGCUAGGCCGCGAGGACACCGACGCGAUGCAGGGCGUUGUCAGCGUCCGCCAAUACGUGCCGCCCACGAGCCAGGCCGGCGACUUUGCCAAACGGUUCAGGGCGAGGUUUCUGCCAGAGAACGAUGGCUCCCAGGACACCACGGAGCCAACCACCUCGACGUUCAAGGCGUACGACACGGCGGUCGCGGUCGCCGCGGCAGUUGAGGCGGCCGGCAUCUCUGGCUCGGAUUUCGUGCCACCGAAAGGAGGGACGGGGCUGACGGAGCUGGACCAGCUCGUCGUCAUCAGAUCUCGCGGGCGCGGCAGGGCCGGCGCCGAUCCACCACUGGCCCCCAGUUCUCCGCUGCCACCGCGGCCAUCGAACACCGGCGCCAAUCCACCGCCGGCCUCCAGCUCGUCGCCGCCGCCGUCGGCCAUCGAUUUGGUAGGGUUUCGAUUGAAGAGGCGAUCGAUUCUCCGAGAACUCACGGACAGGCAAGGAGGGAGCGAAGGGGCAUGCAGUAUAGAUCGGGACGGAGGGGCGGCGCACAGCGAGGAAGCGGGGCGGUUGGCGGUGUUGCGCGAGCGGAGUCACGGGGUGGGCAGGGAGCGAGGAAGCACGGGGGCGGACAGAUAG